AGAACGGAUGGAGAAAAUUGCUCUUCCUUGAGUGAAUUUAUUCUCUUGGGAAUUAAUAAUGACCCUAGAAUCAAAGUGACAUUUAUCACAUUUCUGGUUGUUUAUCUCAUUAUUCUUGUUGCAAAUCUUGGGAUGAUCAUUUUAAUAAAAAUGGACUCCCAGCUUCACAUGCCAAUGUACUUUUUCCUCAGUCACCUCUCCUUCAGUGACCUCUGCUAUUCCACAAAAAUUGGACCCAAGAUGUUGAUAGACCUCCUUGCCAAGAACAAAUCAAUCCCCUUAUUUGGCUGUGCUCUGCAUUCAUUGAUCUGUACCUUUGUAGAUUCUGAGUGUCUCCCACUGGCAGUGAUGGCCUAUGACUGGUACAAGGCCUUCAGCAGCCCCUUGCUCUAUGCAGUCAGCAUGUCCAGCGGGGUGUGCUCCCUGCUCAUGGUUGAGAUUUACAUGAUCAGCAUUGUGGAUGCUUUAAUUAAUACAAUAUUAAUAUUCCACCUGUGUUUCUGUGAGUCAAAUGAGAUUAAUCAUUUCUUCUACGAUGGUCCACCUCUUUCCCUAUCUUGCGCAGAUACACAGGCCAAUGCGUUAGUGAUAUUUAGCAUUUUGGGCUUCACUGAACUGAGUACCCUCUCAGGUCUUUUUGUGUCUUACUGUUACAUCAUCCUAGCAGUGGUAAAGAUCCACUCUGCUGAAAGGAGGUUCAAGGCUUUCUCCACCUGCACCUCCCACCUAAGUGAUGUGGCAAUUUUCCAGGGAACCCUGCUCUUCAUGUAUUUCCGGCCAAGUUCAUCCUACUCUAUAGAUGAAGACAAAAUGACCUCCUUGUUUUAUACCCUUGUGAUUCCCAUGUUAACCCCCCUGAUUUACAGCUUAAGAAACAAGCAUGUGAAAGAGGCUCUGAAGAAGCCUAAAAAUAGAAAGUGGUAUUGUAAAGUUGUAGGUAUAUGUUUUUCUCCUACUCUUACACUACGAUUUAAGUCAAAAUUGUUUUGA